UAGGAAUGUAUGUUGAUGAUGAUGAUGACCAAAUUCCUAACUCCUACAGUCAAAGACCUAUAACACAAGCCAUAAACCCUCCUCCACUGGAUGAUCCCGAAGUAGAAGAAGACAUUAAUGAUGUCAAACCUAAAAUACUACUUUUUGGUCUGCGAAGAAGUGGCAAAACCAGUAUCAGGAAGGUGGUGUUUCAUAAGAUGAGUGCAAAUGAGACGAUAUUUCUGGAAAGCACCACCAAGUUGGAGCACGAGGACGUUUCUAAGAACUGUUUUAUAGACUAUGUUAUCUACGAUUUUCCUGGGCAAGUAGGCAGACGCAUUGGAGGACUCGGCAAUAGACUACUCACAUAUUUUUGAUGGAAAAUGUGCUCUUAUUUUUGUUAUCGAUGUUUUGGAAGAAUAUAAGGAGGCAUUAGAUAA